AUAAGACAAGACACAAUGCUCCAAUAAUAUUAAAAUUGUUCAAAUAGAUCAAUAGUUAUAACUUAUUACUUAAUUUGCAUUGUUUUGUAUAGGUUCCUUUUAACUAACUAAAAGUCAUUAGUAAAUAUUCAUCUUAACAAUUUUAUAAAAAAAAAUAUAAAAUUGUUCUAACCCAAAAGAGUUCUACAUUUUUCAAAUCUAUUGAAAUAUAAAAUAUUCUGUGGUCUAUAAUGCCAUUAAGAGAGACUGUAAUUCUUCUGGAUAUAGAAGGAACUAUAACAUCUAUUAGCUUUGUAAAAGAUACAUUAUUUCCUUAUGUUGCUGCAGCUCUGAAAAAUUACGUUGACAAAUACUGGAAUGAUGAAACUUUUCAACAGGAUUUAGAACUAUUACGUGCACAAGCUGCACUUGAUUCUAAUAUUGAAGGUUUUGUUCCGAUUUGUACGGGUAACAAUGAAAAAGAAUCUGUCAUUAAUAAUGUACUAUGGCAGAUGAGCAAAGAUAGGAAAAAUACUGCUCUUAAACAAUUACAAGGUCAUAUAUGGAGAGAAGGUUAUGAAAGUGGUCUUCUAAAAGGUCACUUAUAUGAAGAUGUAUUGCCGGUUUUAACAAAACUAAUUAGUAUGGGUAAACAAAUAUAUACUUAUUCAUCUGGAAGUACAACAGCUCAGGAGUAUUUAUUUCAAUAUUCUAUGUAUGGAGAUGUGUCUCAUAUGUUUGUAAAUUAUUUUGACACCAAAAUGGGACCAAAAAGCUCAGAGACCAGUUAUAAAAAUAUUGCCAAUAGAAUAUUUGUGAACUGUCAUGAUAUUUUAUUUUUGACUGAUGUACUAGCUGAAGCAGAAGCAGCUAAAAGAGCUGGUUGUAGUUCAGCCCUUUUGGUGAGACCUGGUAAUGCUCCUCUAGAUCCUAAACAAAGUUCUAAGUUUAAAAUUAUGAAGACACUAGAUGAGCUAUUAGAAGUAUAGUUAUAAUGAAAAAAUAUAGAAACAAUCUUUUGUGUACUAUUAAAACUUGUAAAUAUCCACAAAUAUAUUA